CUUCUUCCAGGAAAGCUGGAAGUGCUGCAGGAAAGGAGGUGGUGGAGGGGGGCCCGGAAAGAUUGUGAAACAGCUUUCCUGGAUAGAGUUACUCAGCAUUUGAAAAGCGACACUAACGCCGGGUAAAAUGCGUUGAGUUGAAUCCAUCCUCGUUUCUUCCCUCUUCAAAGGCUCCUUUAAAACAGCGCGAGACCUCGACAACAAACACUAGAAUGCCUCAGCUUGGAAGCCUGUUCACCCAGUUUCAUCUCGGCUCCAAAGCUUCAGAAAGUGCUCAAAGCCAAUGCCCACAUCAAGCGCCAGCACUGCCUGACUUUUUACAACACGUCAGGAAACUUACCGGGCUGAGAAAGGAAGAUGUUUACUGCAAUCUGCGGAUCCCUGACCAGUUUCAGAAAACCAACGACGACAUCAACAUUGUUAUCUUCACAGGUCAGGGGAUCUUCUGCAUAGAUGUAAAACCCUGGAGAGGCACAGUGUCCGCUCACAACCAAAACUGGCAUGUGCAAGUGAAAGAAGAGGACCAAAACUUUACCAAUACCCGCAUCGAGCAGACUGAAGAUCCCCUCAAAGCUAUCAUGACCAAGACGGCUAACUUAUGUGGCCACUUGAAGAGGAGUGGAGUGUCUGUGCGUCAAAGCCUCUUCUUCUCCAGGGUUAUCUUCCUCUCUCCAGACUGUGAGCUGGAUAAGGAGCUGAAGAAGAAAAGGGAGCUGGUCUCCCACAGCCAGAUAGAUGACUUCCUCAGAUCCUUCAGGGAGGGCUACAUAGCCUGGAUAUCAGAUGCACUGACUCCCUCCUGGCUCUCUGGUCAUCUGUCGUACAGGCAGAUGGAGUCGGUGCGGGAGGUCCUGAAGGGGGUGGGAACGUGGGAUCUGAUGCGACUGCACUGUGGCGAGCAGCUCAAAGGAGACUACCACGGCUGCCAGUACAUCGCGCUCGACCGCCAGGAGACAGACACGCUCGAGUUUUCCAGAGUCAAGAUCCUGUCAGCUGAUUCGCUGUGGGCCCUGCUGGGACACGCUCCUCAGGUAACAGUUAAAAUGUACAAGCGUGGAUCUCAGAGCUGGCUGGGUAAAUCCCUGAACGCCACCGCCACCAUCCCCUCCAACACUUUUGUGAUCUUCAGGAUUAGCGGGGAGGAAACGGAUGCCAAAAUCCCAGCAAACACCAUUCACAGCAUCACACUCAGCAUGUGACAGUGUGUGUCGGUCAAUAAAGAAGAUUAGAUGGCGCGGCAGGGGAGAGGAAGCAUUUUGAAUUACAAGUAACUAACCCUAACCCUAAUCACGUUUUUACUGAGUGCCUUUGAAUAUGCAGUGUCUGUAUUUUGUUAUAUUGUGCUAACACGAGUAUUGAAUGUCUUCAAGUGAGCAUUUAUUGUAAGAAAAAAAAAAAAGAUUCUCCGCUCCACAGUGGCAAUAUUAUGUUAAUUCAAUGGUUUCAGACAAUUAGCCUGAUUAACUUUCUAUUGUUUUGAAUUUCUAGGGUUGGCCCACACUUCACACUACCCAUUAAUGAAUCGUUACGUUAGCUGAUUGUGUCACGUCGGUUCAGAAAUGAAGUGUUUAAUGUGUUAAUUGUGGUGGUUAAAAACUGUGGUGGCCUCUAGCACGACGAGGGCCAAUCAUGUUACUGCCUCUGUGAGUUUAGUGGGCGGUGAUUUACGGUCUGUUUAGAUGGUGUAACUGUAAGGUGCUUUAUUAAUAUGCUCCACCGCACACGAGGAGAUGAUAACAUAUUCAAGAGUGCCCAGGCACAGCCACCAGCACCAUUCAUAACUGUGUCUGAGUCACUUUCCAUCAGUUACCAGGCUUACACGGCUGCGCUAACAGCUAGCAAUUGUAUUUACUGUGCCUGGUAGUGGCCAAAAUGAAGUUAUUUCCAUUAAGAUAUCAGUGCCUUUGGCUAAUGCAAUAGAAGGAGCUCUCUGUGUUGAUGGUAUCUCUUUGCAUGGCAUCUCUCUACCUGAAACAUCAUUACACUGUACUCAAGCUCCUCACUUUUUCAAAUGUCUGUUUUAGUGUUUUACCUGAGGGGUCAGUUCAUUGGUGGUUGCACAAACAGCCCUGUGUGGUUUGUAUUUAUAGCACAUGUUUUUUGGACUGCUUGUUUUCAGAUCUUGGUCAACAUUGCUUGAAUUUCUAAGUAUGUUGAUGAAUUUAUUCUCUUUGCAUAAAAAUUAAAGAGUGUCCUCAGGAACUGUUUGCUCCACAACACUUGACAAAUAAAAAAUGCUCACAAUAUUAGUCGACCUGGGGUUAGAGGGAAAUUUCUAUCUGUCGUUCUGGUUAGUGGUCAGUGCAUGCAGGUUUUUACUGUAGUUUCAUACACUUUAAUAUGAAUAUUUUGUUCAAAACUUCAAGCACUUUUAGCGUCAAGCCAACACAAGAAGCAUGAUUAUUAACCAUACUUUUCAAUCGAUUGAUUCAAGCACGGUUGUUUUAUUCAUUGGUGUGUGUUUUUUUUAAAUUAUGGUAUCAUUAAGUGUUUUUAUGUUUACAUGUAUUUGUACUAGCUGGUCUCAAAAUAAAAAAAUAU